CUUGCGCGCUUAUGUUUCUGAGAUCUAUUCGUGCUUUAUCUACCCCUCUUGCUCGUCUCUCUUCUGCUCACAUAUCUCGCUCUACGCGUAUCCCGGCAAUCAGCGAAUUUUCUGCCAGAAUGUCUUCUUCCAUUCCUAUUCCCGAAGAUUUCAACAGCUGCCUGUACAAGCCUCUGGCUGAGGCCGACCCAGAAGUGGCCAAGAUCGUCGAGCAGGAGACAUGGCGUCAGUUCUCUGGUCUCGAGCUCAUUGCGUCCGAAAACUUGACCUCUCUGGCUGUGAUGGAGGCGAACGGAUCUAUCCUCACCAACAAAUACUCGGAGGGUCUUCCCGGCGCUAGGUACUACGGAGGCAACGAGUACAUCGACAUCCUCGAGAACCUCUGUCGGGAGCGAGCCCUCAAGGCCUUCAACCUCGAUCCCAAGGUCUGGGGUGUAAACGUUCAGCCUUACUCUGGAUCAACUGCCAACUUUGCCGCCUUCACGGCCCUCAUCAACCCUCAGGACAGGAUCAUGGGUCUCGGUCUUCCCGACGGUGGUCACUUGACUCACGGCUACUACACAGCCAAGAAGAAGAUUACAGCCUCUUCCAUCUACUUCCAAUCUUUCCCUUACCGCGUCAUCCCCGAAACCGGAUACCUCGACUACCAGCAGCUCGAGACCAACGCCAACCUCUACAAGCCUCGUUUGGUCGUAUGUGGUGGCUCCGCCUACCCCCGUGACUGGGACUACGCUCGUCUACGAAAGAUUGCCGAUUCGCAGGGAGCCUACCUCUUGUCUGACAUGGCACACAUCUCUGGGCUUGUAGCUGCGGCCGAGCAGAACUCGCCGUUUGAAUACUGCGAUGUAGUCACGACUACGACGCACAAGACUCUCCGUGGUCCCAGGGCUGGAUUGAUUUUCUUCAGAAAAGACAAGGAAGCAGAUCUUGAAGCCAGGGUGAACGCUGCUGUCUUCCCCGCUUGCCAAGGUGGUCCCCACAACAAUACCAUCGCCGGUAUUGCCGUCGCUCUCAAGCAAGCUGCCGAUCCAGCUUUCAAGGCAUACGCAAAGCAAGUUCGUGCCAACGCCGCCGCUAUGGCAAACGUCCUCUUCAGAUAUGGCUACAAGCUGCAGACUGAUGGGACCGACAACCAUCUGAUCCUCUGGGAUCUUCGUCCCAUCGGUUUGACUGGCUCCAAAGUUGAGAAGAUCUGUGACGCUGCGCAUAUCACGUUGAACAAGAACGCCGUCGCCGGUGACACGUCCGCCUUGGUUCCUGGUGGUGUCAGAAUUGGUGCUUCCGCCCUCACCUCGCGUUCUAUGGUCGAGAAAGAUGUCGAGCAAGUUGCCGAAUUCCUUCACCGUGUCGUUCAGAUCUCCCUUGCUACCCAGAAAGAAGCUGGCUCGAAGCUUCUCAAAGACUUUGUCAAGGCGUACGAGUCUGGUAACGGUGAAUCUCCCAAACUCAUCGCUCAACUCAAAGAGGACGUGGUGAAAUUUGCCACCAGCUUCCCUCUUCCGGGCGUUCUUGACACCAGCAAGAUUGUCCGUGGCGAGUAGGCGCUCUGUCGUUUCGACCGCAGUAUGCGGCAUCGUUCGGAAGGUGAAGGUUUGAGGUUUGUUACGUUUGUUUUUUUCAGUGGUUCUCUCUAGACAUUCUUCGGUCAUCUCAUCAUGAUCGUAUUCAUUCUGUACAAUUGCCAUAGUGGUCAAUGUCAUAUCAUUCAUCUGAUG